UUGUAUAUAAACAGUGGGCUCUGAUUGGUCAGUCGGCUCCGAGGCGAGUGUUUAAACUGGAAGCGGACUCGUUUGAACCGAGAACGGAACAGAACACAGGCGACGUCGAGGCUGCCGCCACCCGGGACGAAACAGCGACAGAGAGGCCGCGGUCGGAACAGCCCCGCACGUCUUAGUGGUGACUUCGAGCCCUCAGCACCGGGAACACAACAUGGCGUCUCAGAAUCUGGAUCCAGCUGCCGGGGCCUCCACUGCUGCUCUCAAGGGGAGCGAGAGCGGCGUGAGUUCUGCCCGUGGUUCUGUCACGAAACGGCUGCAGCAGGAGCUCAUGACUCUUAUGAUGGCAGGAGACAAGGGCAUCUCUGCGUUUCCCGAGUCUGAUAACCUCUUCAAGUGGAUCGGAACCAUCCAUGGUGCCCCAGGAACGGUGUAUGAGGAUCUGCAGUACAAACUGUCUCUGGAGUUUCCCCCUGGUUACCCGUACCAGGCGCCGCGAGUCCACUUCCUCUCUCCGUGCUUUCAUCCUAACGUCAACGAGAGUGGACACAUAUGCCUGGACAUCCUGAAGGAGAAGUGGUCAGCACUCUACGACGUGCGCUCCAUCCUGCUCUCGAUACAAAGUCUGCUCGCAGAACCAAACAAUGAAUCUCCUCUGAACACGACUGCUGCAGAGCUUUGGGCAAACCAGGAAGCCUACAGAGCCCGCCUGCUGUCGUCUCACCAGAAAUGAAAUGCCAUCUUACUUUUGUCUUGUAUCAUAUUUAAGUGUUUGUCAAUAAAGUGUUUUAAUC